CGGGGCCGGCCUCCGCCCUCCCUCGGAGGCUAGCAGCGGCCAUGGCUGCCGCCGCCUCCGCCGCCUCCUUCUCCGGCAUCGCCUCCCGCUUGUCCCGCCAGGAGCACGAGAUCCGGCUCCUGUCGGCCGAGAUCGGGCGCCUCAAGGAGCCCCCGCUGCCGCCGCCGGAGUCCUUCCCCGCGGAGCUCCAGGCGCUCAGGGCCGAGAACGAGAGGCUCCGCUACCGCCGCCUCCACCUCCGAAGGAGCCUCCAGGCCCAGAUCCAGGGAGGAGGAGGAGGAGGAGGAGGCCUCCAGGAGGGAACCAGGGAGAAGGAUUUUCCUGAUGCAAACCUCACUGUUCACCAGGCAAAACAUAAAAAGGAGAAGAAGAAAGAAACUCAGGCUCUGGAUAGUUGUAAGAACGAACCCCAGCAGGAGCCAAGCUUCAUCCAAGAUCGGCUGAAGCUGUAUGAAGCCCUGAAGAAGGAACAUGAUGCCCUCCUGGCAUCCAGAGCGUCCUCCCAAAGUAGACCAAUCAAAAUUACUCUUCCAGAUGGGAAAAAGGUUGAAGGGGAAUCUUGGAAAACGACUCCACAUCAGAUAGCGUUAGGAAUCAGCCGAGGACUUGCUGACAAUGCCGUCAUCGCCAAAGUCAAUGGGGAGUUAUGGGAUUUGGACCGACCGAUGGAAGGGGAUUCUACCCUGGAGCUGCUUGUGUUUGAUAGCGAAGAAGCUCAAGCAGUUUAUUGGCAUUCUAGUGCUCACAUCCUUGGAGAAGCUAUGGAAAAUUAUUAUGGUGGAUGCUUGUGCUAUGGACCUCCCAUUGAGAAUGGCUUUUAUUAUGACAUGUACAUGGACAACAGAGGUGUAUCCAGUACAGAAUUUCCAGCUCUGGAGAAUAUAUGUAAAAAUAUCAUAAAGGAGAAACAGCCUUUUGAAAGGCUAGAAAUCCACAAGGAGACCCUCCUGGAUAUGUUUAAAUACAACAAGUUUAAAUGUCGAAUCCUGAAUGAGAAGGUUGACACGCCAACAACAACAGUGUAUAGAUGUGGUCCAUUGAUUGACUUAUGCAGAGGCCCCCAUGUGAGGCAUACUGGAAAAAUUAAGGCCUUAAAGAUUUUUAAGAACUCAUCAACCUAUUGGGAAGGAAAGGCUGACAUGGAAACACUGCAGAGAAUUUAUGGAAUAUCUUUCCCAGACAACAAAAUGAUGAAAGAGUGGGAGAAGUUCCAGGAGGAAGCGAAAAACCGGGACCACAGAAAAAUUGGAAAGGAACAAGAACUCUUCUUCUUUCACGAAUUGAGUCCUGGAAGCUGUUUCUUUCUCCCCAGAGGUGCUUUUCUUUAUAAUUCACUCAUGGAGUUUAUCAAAGAAGAAUAUCAUCGACGUAACUUCACAGAAGUUGUAUCUCCAAAUGUCUAUAAUAUUAAACUCUGGGAAGCAUCUGGUCACUGGCAGCACUACAGCGAAAAUAUGUUUUCUUUUGAGGCGGAGAAAGAAAUGUUUGCCCUUAAGCCGAUGAACUGUCCUGGACACUGCUUGAUGUUUGCCCACCGCCCGCGUUCCUGGAGGGAGCUGCCUUUAAGGCUUGCUGACUUUGGAGUUCUUCACCGUAAUGAACUUUCAGGGACACUAAGUGGUUUGACUCGAGUUCGUCGCUUCCAACAGGAUGAUGCCCAUAUCUUUUGCACAAUGGAGCAGAUUGAAGAGGAGAUGAAAGGCUGCCUGGACUUCUUACAGUCUGUGUAUGCUGUUUUUGGUUUUAGUUUUCAACUACACCUUUCCACAAGACCAGAUAACUUUUUAGGGGAGAAGGAAGUUUGGGACCAAGCAGAGAAGCAACUCCAAAACAGUCUGGAUGACUUCGGGGAGCCUUGGAAGCUAAAUCCAGGAGAUGGAGCAUUUUAUGGUCCCAAGAUUGAUAUUAAAAUCAGAGAUGCUAUUGGGCGCUAUCAUCAGUGUGCUACAAUCCAGCUUGACUUCCAGCUACCAGUCAGGUUUAAUCUUACUUACGUAGGGAAAGACAGAGAUGACAAGAAAAGGCCAGUUAUCAUCCAUAGAGCUAUUUUGGGUUCGGUGGAGCGAAUGAUUGCUAUUCUGGCAGAGAACUAUGGUGGAAAAUGGCCUUUCUGGCUUUCUCCACGGCAGGUCAUGGUAGUUCCUGUUGGCCCAACCUGUGAAGAAUAUGCUCAGCAGGUCUGCAGUGAGUUUUUUGAGGCUGGAUUCAUGGCUGACGUUGAUCUCGACCAGAGUUGCACUUUAAACAAGAAGAUAAGAAAUGCUCAGCUGGCUCAGUAUAAUUUCAUUUUUGUGGUUGGAGAAAAGGAAAAAGCCAACAACGCCGUGAAUGUGCGCACGAGGGACAACAAGAUCCACGGAGAGGUUUCGGUCCCGUCUGCCAUUGCAAAACUGAAGAAGUUGAAAGCUAUGCAUACAUUACGUGCCGAGGAAGAAUUCUAGUAUUUGCCAUCAUACGGUCCCAUAUUAUUUCUGUCUGAAAAACAUUUAUACUUGGAAAUAAAUCCCACUAAAUUCAA